UUGACCCAGCUAAGAAAGAUAUAUAUUGUACAACAUUUCGGCCACGUCAGAAGUUCUUUGGACACUUUACUGAAGACACAUCAUGUCAACAUAGGGAUUACAGAGGUUGGACUCGAUAACAAAAUUGUAGCAAUAAUGGCCAAGAGAGCAAGUCUUGUUGAUGUUUUCAUCAUCAUUAUCAUUAGCGGUAUUAUGGUGGCGCAAGGAGAAAAUAUCUGCAACCUACCAAGCGAGACAGGUCUGUGUAAAGGAUAUUUUCCAAGCUAUUAUUUUGACAAAGUGGCCAGAAAAUGCAAAAAAUUCAUCUAUGGUGGAUGCGAUGGCAAUGCCAACAACUUCGAAACUCUUGCCGCAUGCCAGACGACUUGUCCAGAGAACUGCCAGCUUCCAAAGGUAACCGGUCAAUGUAGGGCACACAUCUUAAGCUACUAUUUUGACAAAAAGACUGGAGAAUGCAAAAAAUUCGUCUAUGGUGGGUGCGGUGGCAAUGCAAACAACUUCGAAACUCUUGCCGCAUGCCAGGAGACUUGUCAGAACCCGCAGACGUGCCUGCUUCCAAAGAUAAUCGGUGAAUGCCAGGCGAACUUUCCACGCUACUAUUUUGACAAAGUGACUGGAAAAUGCAAAACAUUCAUCUAUGGUGGAUGCGGCGGCAAUGCCAACAACUUUGAAACUAAGAGGGCAUGCAAUGAAAAGUGUCUCAAGUAG